GUGGUGCGGUGCUGUGGUAGGCGCGGAGGGAUAUGCGCCAUUCCCUUUCCGAGUUUCCCUCCACUGUCUCUCACCCUCCGGUAACAGGCAGAACCCAAUGUCCCCUCACACCCCAUCCUCUCACCUCCGGAGGCUGUCUGUCCCCUCCCCUUAUCUUGUCACGGCUGCGCACUAAGUUCCGACCGGCGGAGGAGGACAGUUCCGGCUGUCUCUGACCCGACUUCCGGCCCUGGACUUGGAACAAAACAAACCGGUGUUCGCUGUCCGGUGCCUGAGAAAAUAGACUGGAAGUGUCAGUAACGAGAAAGAAUGCUGGAGGGCCCCCUAGAGAGACCGGAAGUACCUGUGCUGGGCCCCUAGGAACCGCAGAGAGGAGCCAACUGAGAAGGGGCCACUUUCAGGACUCAAUGAGAGGCCUCACAUUACCUGAGGAGAUUUCCGUGUGAUCUAUUACUUGGACCGAUCUGGGGAGGAUGUAUGACUUGGAGACAUCUUGGAAUGAUCCAUCAUCUGAAGUGACGUGGGGGGUGAUCUAAUAUCUGGACAGAUCUGGGGGGUGGUAAUCUAUUACCUGAAAAGGGCUGAGGAGGGAUGCAUGGCCUGGAGAGACCUGCAGGCUAAUCUGUUACCUGGAGACAUCCGAGGAGUGACCCACUCGCUGGGGGCCCUUGGGGUGAUCCAUUACCUGGAGGGACCUGGGGAUGAGCCAUUAUCUUUAGAAAUCUGGACGUGAUCCAUUACCUGGAGGGACCUGAGGAUGAUCCAUUAUCUUUAGAGAUCCAGGGGGGAUUUAUAAUCUGGAGGUAAUCCAUAACCUGGAGGCGAUCUAUUACCUGGAGAGAUCUGGAGGGUGAUCUGUUACCAAAAGAGACCCAGGGGGUUGAUCCAUUAAGGGCCGAUACCUGGGAGGGGUCCAUUACCCGGAGGGAUCUGCUCUGGACCCUCUAUCAGGAUACAUCUGGUGGUGAUCCAUUACCUGAAGAGAUCUGCCUGAAGGAUUUUAGGAUUUUUCCUUUAAUUGCAGCAGUUCUAUGAAUUGCCCUGAGUGAUCUUGUGAUGGGAUCUGUCUCUGUGUGGAUUUUGGAUUGCGACACCUCCAGGGUGGAUCUGUUAUUGUGCAUUUAGUGGCUCAACCUGGGGGCAUCCAGGGAAAGAAGCUACAGAUUCUCUCUGAUGGAUUAUAAUUUACAGCUUCACUGAAGGAUUCUGGGACUGUCUUGGAGCUCUUUAAAAGUUGGGGUGUUGUGUUAGACUAGAUUUUACCCCCCCGCGCGCUCCUCGGAAUACGAGUGGCAGAUGAACAAAGGGCUUUGUACUGCCAAGAGAUGUGGAGGGUCCCGUUGUGACAAGGCCACAUGCCUCUCCAUCCGCUGGCACUCCACACUCCAAGCAUCUGUGCUGCCUUUUACUGCUCUGUACAUGUAACUCUAUGCUGAAGGAUUAGUAUUAACCCCUGGGAUGGCUGCGUACAAUGAAUUUGUGCCCCCUCCGGAGUGCCCGGUCUUUGAACCAACCUGGGAGGAAUUCUCAGAUCCUCUCAGCUUCAUCGGGCGUAUUCGUCCCAUUGCUGAGAGAACCGGAAUAUGCAAAAUUAGGCCGCCCAAGGACUGGCAGCCACCAUUUGCUUGCGAUGUCAAGAGUUUCAGCUUCACCCCUCGAGUGCAGCGGCUCAAUGAGCUGGAGGCAAUAACCCGUGUGAAGCUUGACUUUUUGGACCAGCUGGCAAAGUUCUGGGAGUUACAAGGCUCCGCGUUGAGAAUCCCAGUAGUGGAUCGAAAGCUCUUGGAUGUCUAUGCAUUGAGUAAGGUGGUUUCUAGUGAAGGAGGCUUUGAGGUCGUCAGCAAAGAGAAGAAAUGGUCAAAAGUUGGUAGCCGUCUAGGGUACAUGCCAGGCAAGGGCACAGGAUCUCUUCUGAAGACCCACUAUGAGCGUAUUUUGUACCCAUAUGAGCUCUUCCAGUCUGGGAUCAGCCUCAUGGGCAUCCAGAAGCCUAAUCUGAAGGCAGAGGAGAAAGUGGAGGUGACGGAGCCCUGUGAAGACCCCAAAGAAUCUGCAGGAAGUGAGAAAAUCAAUAUUCCUCUGAAGAGAUCUCGGCGAAUCAAGUCAGAGCAGGAAAUGGUGGAGAACAGAAAAAGCACAGAAGUGAAGAAGCUGCAUGUGCUCGCAGCACCCAGGGUGAUUGGUGUCAGUGAUAGCGUUAAAGACCGAGCUGAUGAAAUGUUCAAGAAAAAUAACUCAAAGUUGGAGCUGUUUGGGAUGCAAAUGAGAAAGAAGAAAGGAGCCUUAUCUGUUAAUUUCGUGGAUCUGUAUAUUUGCUUGUUCUGUGGCCGUGGAGACUGUGAAGAGAGACUUCUUCUCUGUGAUGGCUGCGAUGACAGUUACCAUACCUUCUGCCUCAUUCCUCCUCUCCCAGAGGUGCCCAAAGGCGACUGGAGGUGUCCAAAAUGCAUUGCUGAGGAGUGCAGCAAACCACGUGAAGCAUUCGGUUUUGAACAGGCUGUGAGAGAGUACACCCUGCAGAGCUUCGGAGAGAUGGCUGACAGCUUCAAAUCGGACUACUUCAACAUGCCGGUGCAUAUGGUGCCCACCGAGCUGGUGGAAAAAGAGUUCUGGCGCCUGGUUAGCUCCAUUGAAGAGGAUGUCAUUGUAGAAUAUGGAGCAGACAUUUCUUCUAGAGAUUUUGGCAGUGGCUUUCCGGUGCUCGAUGGCCGGAGGAAGCUUGCUACAGAUGAAGAGGAUUAUGCUCAGUGUGGAUGGAACCUCAAUAAUAUGCCUGUUCUCGAGCAGUCUGUCCUGUCCCACAUCAAUGUGGACAUCUCUGGCAUGAAGGUGCCCUGGCUUUAUGUGGGAAUGUGCUUCUCUUCUUUCUGCUGGCAUAUCGAGGAUCACUGGAGCUACUCCAUCAAUUACCUUCAUUGGGGAGAGCCCAAGACUUGGUAUGGUGUUCCAUCCCAUGCAGCCGAGCAGCUGGAGGAUGUCAUGAGAGAACUGGCUCCAGAAUUGUUUGAGGCCCAGCCAGAUUUGUUACAUCAGCUUGUGACCAUUAUGAACCCCAACAUCCUUAUGGAACACAGUGUACCGGUUUACAGAACUAACCAGUGUGCUGGGGAGUUUGUGGUCACUUUCCCUCGUGCUUACCACUCCGGGUUCAACCAAGGCUACAACUUUGCUGAGGCCGUGAACUUCUGCACAGCGGACUGGCUGCCCAUGGGACGCCAGUGUGUGAACCAUUACCGCCAUUUGAGGAGAUACUGUGUCUUCUCACACGAGGAGCUGAUCUUCAAGAUGGCAGCUGACCCCGAUUGCUUGGACGUUGGCUUGGCAGCUGCUGUUUCCAAGGAGAUGACCGCAAUGAUUGAGGAAGAGACCCGCCUACGUGAAGCUGUCCUACAGCUGGGAGUCAAGCAGUCAGAUGAAGAAGUAUUUGAACUCGUCCCGGAUGAUGAGAGACAAUGUUCAUCUUGUAGAACAACUUGUUUUCUCUCUGCCCUCACUUGUAACUGCAGUUCGGACCGUCUUGUGUGUCUGCAUCACGGCGAGGAGUUGUGCUCAUGUCCAAUGCAGGACAAGUGUCUCAGGUACCGCUACUCUCUGGAAGAAUUCCCUGCCUUGCUAUACGGUGUGAAAUCUCGGGCGCAGUCUUAUGAUACUUGGGUCAGUCGAGUAACUGAAGCACUGACUGCCAGCCUCAGUCACAAAAAAGACAUCAUAGAGCUAAAAGUGAUGUUGGAGGAUGCCGAGGACCGGAAGUUCCCUGAGAACGAACUUUAUCGGCGGCUCAGAGAUGCUGUAAAGGAGGCAGAGACCUGUGCCUCAGUCGCUCAGCUGCUGCUCACCAAGAAACAAAAGCACAAUAAACUGAGUCAGGACUCUGGGAAGGCGCGUACUAAGCUCACCAUGGAAGAGCUAAAAGCCUUUGUUCAACAGCUGUUCAGCUUGCCCUGCGUCAUCACACAGGCCCGUCAGGUUAAGAAUCUGCUGGAUGAUGUGGAGGAGUUUCACGAGCGUUCACAGGAAGCCAUGUUAGAUGAAGUUCCAGAUUCCAGCAAGCUGCAGGCUCUUAUUGAUUUGGGCUCCAACCUAUAUGUAGAACUCCCAGAGUUGCCUCACUUGAAGCAGGAGCUGCUGCAGGCACGCUGGCUAGAUGAAGUUCGCCAGACUCUGUCUGACCCGCACAAAGUCACCUUGGACGUGAUGAAGAAGCUUAUAGAUUCCGGUGUUGGUUUGGCUCCUCAUCACGCUGUAGAGAAAGCAAUGGGCGAGCUUCAAGAAUUGCUGACAGUGUCUGAAAGAUGGGAGGAGAAGGCCAAAGUUUGUCUGCAGGCCAGGCCGCAACACACUGUCUCUAGUCUGGAGAGCAUUAUUGUCGAGGCCAAGAGCAUCCAUGCAUAUCUGCCUAACAUGCUGGCAUUGAAGGAGGCUCUGCAGAGAGCCAAAGAUUGGACCGCCAAAGUAGAGGCCAUUCAGAAUGGUAGUCAUUAUGCCUACCUGGAACAGCUGGAGAGCUUGCUCGGCAAAGCUCGCCCCAUCCCAGUGCGUCUCGAAGCUCUCCCACAGUUGGAGUCUCAGGUAGCGGCCGCUCGAGCCUGGCGGGAACGUACAGGCAGGACCUUCCUGAAGAAGAAUUCAAGCUACACAUUGCUGCAGGUGUUGAGCCCUCGCAGUGAUAUUGGUGUUUACGGAAGCGGCCGGGGUAAACGGAGGAGAGUAAAAGAGCUCUUGGAGGAGAAGGAUUUGGAUUUGGACUCUAUGAGUGAACUCGAGGAUCCUCUGGAUGAGCAUCGGGACACAGCCUCUGUAGUUGCUGUAUUUAAAGAAAUGGAGCGCAAAGAGGUGGACUCCAUGCGUUCUAUACGGGCUGCCAACCUGGCGAAGAUGGCUAUGGUGGACCGCAUUGAGGAGGUGCGGUUUUGUGUUUGCCGCAAAGCUGCCAGUGGUUUCAUGCUGCAAUGUGAACUGUGCAAGGACUGGUUUCAUGGCACAUGCGUCCCUCUGCCCAAGACCAACUCCCAAAAAAAGGGCAACAGCUGGCAAUCGAAAGACGUUAAGUUUCUUUGCACGCAGUGUAUGAGGUCCCGGCGGCCACGAUUGGAGACCAUCCUCUCGCUGCUGGUGUCAUUGCAGAAGCUGCCAGUACGGCUGCCAGAGGGGGAGGCGUUGCAGUGCCUAACAGAGCGAGCAAUGAGCUGGCAGGACCGAGCACGGCAAUCGUUGGCUACUGAGGAACUGUCAUGUGCACUGGCCAAGUUGUCUGUGCUGAGUCAGCGCAUGGUAGAACAGGCAGCAAGGGAAAAGACAGAGAAAAUUAUCAGCGCAGAACUCCAGAAAGCUGCAGCAAACCCCGACCUACAGGGUCACCUGCCCAUUUUCCAGCAGGGCUCCUUUAGCCGAGGAAUGUCUAGUCUGACUUCAUCACCACAGGCUCCCCUGGAUUACGACGAUGAAGAGACUGACUCGGAUGAGGACAUCCGGGAGACAUAUGGCUAUGGUGUUAAGGAGCCUGGCAGCAUCAAGUCCUCAAGCAGCCUAGAACCCAACCUGUUCUGUGAUGAGGAGAUUCCAAUUAAAUCAGAGGAAGUGGUCAGUCAUAUGUGGGCCACCCCCUCGUUCUGUGCAGAACACGCAUAUUCUUCCGCUUCCAAGAGCUGCAUACAAACUUCAGGAACCCCAAGAAAGCAGCCUCGGAAGACCCCUCUUGUGCCCCGUAGCCUGGAGCCCCCUGUUUUAGAGCUUUCUCCUGGAGCCAAAUGCCAGCUGGACGAACUCAUGAUGUUGGGGGACCUUCUGGAGGUGUCUCUGGAUGAGACGCAACAUAUAUGGCGUAUUUUGCAAGCCACACAUCCUCCAUCAGAGGAGAGGUUCCUGCAUGUUAUGGAGGAUGACAGCCUGGACGAGAAACCUGUGAAGGUAAAGAAAGAGUCAUCGGAGAAGAAACGAAAGAGGAAAUUGGAAAGGGCAGAGCAGUUCUUAACUGAGGGUAAACAGAGGUCCAAGGAGCUGAAGAAGCUUGACAAGACCAAAAAGAAAAAACUCAAGCUGGGUCAUGACAAGGCCAAAGAACUCAGCAAACUGGCCAAGCGGCUUGCCAAAGAGGAGGAGCGCAAGAGGAAAAAAGAGAAGGCAGCGGCUGCAAAAGCCGAGCUCAACAAGGAGAUCACCGAGAAGAAGAGGGAAAAAAAGGUCUUGGACAUUCCCUCGAAGUACGACUGGUCUGGAGCAGAAGAUUCGGAUGACGAGAACGCCAUAUGUGCUGCACAGAACUGCCAGCGCCCAUGCAAGGACAAGGUUGAUUGGGUGCAGUGCGAUGGCGGCUGCGAUGAGUGGUUCCACCAAGUUUGUGUCGGCGUGUCUUCCGAGAUGGCAGAGAACGAGGAUUACAUCUGCACGAACUGUACUUGCAAGAGAGUCCCGGGACCUUGUCCCCCCUGCCCUCCCAGCCUGAGUUGCCCACCAGGGUUUCCUAUGCCGAGCAUCGAGGUGAAACAGGAAGUCAGCUAGCAUCACAGAUACUUCUAAAAAAGACUUUGGCAGCUCCUCUUCUUAUGUAGCUCUAAAAAGUACCAUCCUCUACCUGUGUCUGUAGAGCCACUCAUGUUAGGUAGCCCCCUUUCUGCACCGUGUGUUCUUCAAAAGGGGAGGUCUCAGACACGGGAAGAUUUCUGUGGUCAGUUGGAGAAACCCAGUCAUCAAACUGUACUAAUGCCUUGGGCUGUUUUGGACCCUUUUGCAGGUUGAACUCUGUAGCUUUGAAAGCAUUGACGGCUUAACCCAAAUUUUUUUUUUUUUUUUUUUUUUUUUUUUUUCAUAAUUUCGUAACAGUUUCAGUCUCUCCUGAAACUUCUUAAAGUAACUUUUUAUAAUAAAUGCCCAUUCCCCACAAACCCGGGCACAAUGCACAGAGGGUGUUUGCUCGCUCAGGUGAUAUUUUAUUUUGUUUUUGUUUCCUUUAUGCUUUUUGUGUGGAUGCUGUAACUUGGAUGCAGAGCAAGAGAGAUUGACCAUCAUUACAAAGAGCUGGACCACUUUCUAAAUGCUUCCAACAGUUGUAUAGCACCAUCAUAGUGCAAAUCAACGGUUUUGCAUCUCAUCAAGGAGCUCCUGCACAUAUGGUUAAUCUUGCCGACGGUGCAGAGAGAUUGCCAUGUGCCGAAGAGGGCAGGUGGAAGGAUUGCAGUAAUCUUUGGUUUCAGAAAAGCCCAAAGUAGAAUGAAAAACCUUAGACCUUUCCUGGCCCGGUCUCCCUCCUGACACUGACUGUUUAAAGAUUUUCUCCCAUAGUACAAGAUUUCUUGUAAACCGGAGAUCAAUAAGGAGUCUUUGAAAAGCCUUUUUUUCCUUUUGUCAUUGUUUUUCCUUUGCGAUAUACAUAUUUUAUCAAAAAAGUUGAAGUGAAAAACAUUCAAGACUCUGGGUGGAUAGAUACAUUAUUUAUAAAAAUUUGGUGAACGUUUGCUUUUGGUUUUGUUAGCUUGAGUAAAAAUCUGGUAUUGAGAGUC